GCGUCACAUGUAUAAGGAAUAUACAAUUUCGUCAGAGCGUCAAACCUGCUGCAUACUUAGUAGUGCCUUUGUCCUUACAAGUCGUGUAUUUUUUUAUAAAUGCGCAUAAUAAUAUUUUCGUUUUAUGGAAUUUUUACUCAACACGCGCUAUUUUAUUACUUUUAAAACGUGCUAUUAACAGCUACAAUUAAUUAUUUCUUAUUUAAAAUAUAAAUUGCAGUGCAGUGAUAAAAUAACAAUGAUUUAAAAUAUAAAUUGCAGUGCAGUGAUAAAAUAACAAUGAAUAACCCACCAGUUCAAGCACUUACUAUUUCAUUUACAACUAAUCAUGAAAUCCACCAUUGGGUAGAUCGAGAUGAUUCCGUAAUUUUGAAGGGUUAUGUAGAUGCCAUUACACCACUGAUACAGAGAGGACAUAUAACUUUUUUUCAAAUUAUCGUGAACAAUAAUGACGGUUCACGAGUAACGGUUAUUUUUUGUGGUAAUUACGCAGUCAACCACCACGCAUUGAUUCAAUUAAAUCAGAUAAUCGAGCUGUCACGCGUGCAAGUCCGCAAGUCAACUUUCCGUCGUGAACAUGAUCUACUCUUUCUAGCGGAGUCUGAAAUAAAUUUGAACCAUGGUCAAUUCGUUCGUGCUAAUCCGAUAAUCGCAGAAGUGGACGUUUCAAUUCAAUUAGUUCCUCAAUCCACUGGAAUAAUAUUUAUUUCAGGAUGGCUAAAACUGCCAUUUGUUGGAAUGGAUAAUGGUCGUUACGGGAGUGGAUUGAUUGUAGAUGGAAAUUAUAAAAUUAAAGUUCACGUUAACCCCUUUGUCCCAUAUCAAGGGUUAAUUGAAGGUGUCUAUGUUUGUGUGCGUGGGAAAUUUUGUCGAAAUCAAAAUGGUAUUCCUUUCGUAUCCGUGAACAACAUUCAGGAUGUAAGUCUCGUGCCAAACAAAUCGAUUCUUACUACGGUAGAAUUGAGUAGAUUAGGUCACAUAAUUCCUUAAGUUAUGACGAUUUUCCGCUUAAAAUAAUAGCGAUGAUGCAAUUUUUACAAUUGCAUUGAUUUUGACUAUGUGUCAAGUACUAUAAGUAUAUUUAUUUAUGUGUUUGUACUUUUUAUUAUUUUAGAUUGAAAACAUUUUUUUUUUUAUUUUUAACUUCGACAAAAAUUUAAUUUAUCUUUAUUACCUGUGCGUAAUUAUAUU